AUGCGUACUUUCAUCGACAUCGCUAGAUCUCCUCACUUUCCGUUGAUCGUCAUUGCCUCUCCGUUGAUCGUCAUCGACAUCGACAUCGUCAUCGCUUGGCUGCCGUCGUCUUCAACGAGUCAUGCCGUCGUCGUCGUGCAUGAUUUUGAUGGAAUCCAAAUCAUGUUGUUCAUCGGUAAUCUCAAUCCAAUAGUCCAAGGAUCGAUGAUGAACAUGGAGGAAUCAUCAAAGAGAAGAUCUUUCUAUUGCUCCCCUGACGAUCUUCUCUACGACGACGACUAUUAUGACGAGCAAACACCCGACAACCUUACUCAUGAACAUGUACCUCUACUGGAGAAAAGCUUCGAAACAGAGAACAAGCUGGAGCCAGAGCGCAAGACUCAGCUUGCCAAGAUGCUUGGUCUUCAGCCUAGGCAAGUUUCUGUCUGGUUUCAAAACCGGCGUGCUCGUUGGAAAACCAAGCAGCUCGAGAGAGACUUCAAUCUCCUAAAGUCCUCUUAUGACCAACUCCUCUCUAACUACGACUCCAUCCCCAAGGACAACCAUCUCCUCAGAUCAUAUUAA